AUGCUUGGUUGUAUGGGCAUAGACCUUGCAUUAAGGGAAGAACAACUUGCACCUCUCAUUGCAGCAAGCACCCCUGAUGCCAAAAGGGAUUUUAAGAGGUGGGAUCAUUCAAACCGCAUAAUUCUAAUGAUCAUGAAGCACAACAUUAUAGAAGCCUUUAGGGGCACAGAAUCUGAAGAGAUUACUCAAGCCAAGUGUUUCCUUGAUGAAAUUGAGAAAUGUUUUGCCAAAAAAGAUAAGGUUAAGAUGACAUUACUUCUGACUUGUUUGAUGUCUAUGAAGUAUAAGGGUCAAGGAAACAUGAUGGAGUAUAUUAUGGAGAUGUUCCAUGUUGCUUCAAGACUUAAGGCACUUAAGAUCGAGAUUUCUAAGAAAUUGCUUGUUCUUAUGGUUUCAGUAUCGCUUCUUACACAGUUUAACCAAUUUAAAAAUAGUUAA